AUGAGAGUCCCUGUCAAUUUUCCAAUGAUUCAAAGGGUGUCCCGCCGAUUUCCCGUAUCUGAUAUCACAAAAGCGAUACAGGAUUUAGUUUUUAUGCCCUCUCGUGGGGCCCCACAGAGAAGAAGCUAUGCAACGGUGCAAUGUGGCCAAUUUCUCGACAUCGGACCUGCGAUACAUCGAAGAAUGGGGCGGGUGUUCCCAUUGGAACAUUCCCGUACUGCGUGCGGAGUAGACGUAGCUUGCACCCCCUGUAGGAAUUUGCCAGCAACACGCGGCAGAGAUGAAUAUAGAUGCCGUUUUUUCCAGUUGAGCGGCAUAGGCACAGAGCUCUCCAAUCCAAACGCCUCCCUCCCAUCUACACCGCCACCUUCUGUGGCCUCCAGGGGUUGGGGAAUUCACGCUGGCGUUUCUCAUUCGGCGCCCCGACUUUUUAAGGAAAAGCAAAAAGGGCAAGGAAAGGAGCAGACUGUAGCAAAACCAAUGGAUAGCUUCUUAGCUACAUCGCGCUGGCGAAAUCACGAGCGAGAGAAUUCGGAAGUGAAGAAGUAA